AUGCGAUUGGUUACACUUCCACCAAAUCACCCUCAUCUUGCAACAACAUAUAAUAACAUGGGACUCGUGUAUCAUGCACAAGUUGCUUAUGAUAAAGCAUUAGAAUAUUAUGAAAACGCUCGUCAAAUCUUCUUGAUUUCACUUCCACCAAAUCAACCUUCAAUUGCAGGAACAUAUAAUAACUUGGAAGGAGUGUAUGCUCAAAAAGGUGAUUAUCAUAAAACCCAAUUAGUAAAAACUGAAGAGAAAAUUGAAGUUCAUCGUUUAUUAGAUCAUGCUGAAUAUCUAUUCAACUAUCAUAUUGAUAUGUUAAUAGCACGUAAUUCAAUUUUAACUAAUCUUAAUUUAUUAAAUCAAUCAUUUCUUAAAAUUGAUUCUUAUCGAAAACAAAAUGAAAAUCUUUGUUAUUUAUAUUCGUGUUUUAUUCGUUCGAUUCAUGAUAUGCGUGGUCAUUCAAUAACAUCGAAUACAUUUGUAAAUAUUGAUAUCGAUGAAGAAUUAGCUGUAAAUUUUAAUGAAAAUCAAUUGAAAAAGAUUUGUAUGGAUUAUCAAUUAAAUUACGAUGGAUUUCAAGGAUAUCUAUCACAAAUCAAAUAUGUCAAUGAAAUGAAUUUGAAAAAAUACCUUGAUCAUGUUCAAAUGCCAAAUCGUGAUCAGUUUUGGCAAUUAAUGAUUGAAAAACAAAUCAUUCGAGAUGUCAGAGAUGUGAUUAUUGUUAAUCGAAAUCAAAUCAAUGAAGAAACAAAUGAUAAAUUCCAAGAAUUUUAUUCGUUUAAAUCAAAAUCAAUUUCAAUCCAUUGA